ACGGAGCCCAAUCACAACCCCUGGACACCCGAGGCGGAGCUGCUUGCCUUCUCUCCCAGGCCAGGAGGCUAUAAGGGCCUCCGUCCAGUGGGAUGCCCGCCUGACCCUUGGAUGCCAUGGAGCUGGGGGUGGCCCUGCUGACCCCCUUGCUGGGCCUGUGCCUCUCCUGCUUGACCGCCUUCACCCUCUGGAAGUGCUUGUGGCCACAAAAGGGCCGGCUGCCCCCCGGGCCCACCCCGCUGCCCUUCCUCGGAAACCUGCUCCAAGUCAAGACCAACAACAUCUUCCAGUCCUUCCUGGCGCUGAGGGACAAAUAUGGCCCGGUCUUCACGGUCCACCUGGGCCCCCGGCGGGUGGUGGUCCUCUGCGGACACGAUGCGGUCAAGGAGGCGCUGGUGGACCAAGCCGAGGAGUUCAGCGGCCGCGGAGAACUGGCCUCCAUCGACCGGAACUUCAACGGAACCGGGGUGGUGCUGGCCAACGGGGAGCGAUGGAAGCAGUUGCGGCGCUUCUCCCUGACCGCUCUGAGGAAUUUCGGGAUGGGGAAGCGGUCCAUUGAGGAGCGGAUCCAGGAGGAAGCCCAGUUCCUGAUGGAGGCCUUCAGGAAGACCCAAGGCCAGCCCUUUGACCCCACCUUCUUCCUGAGCCGCACCGUCUCCAACGUCAUCAGCUCUGUGGUCUUUGGCCACCGCUUCGACUACGAAGACGAGACCUUCCUCUCUCUGCUGCGCAAGAUCAACGAGAGCUUCCUGGAGAUGAGCGACCCUUCAGCCCAGUUCUACGACAUGUUUUCCUGCGUGAUGCGCUACCUGCCUGGGAGGCACAACCGCCUCUAUGACCUGUUGGAGGAGCUGAAGGCCUUCGUUGCGGAGAAAGCCCAGGCCAACCUGGAGACACUGGACCCCGACCACCCUCGGGACUUCAUCGACUGCUUCCUCAUCCAGAUGGAGAAGGAAAAGGGCAACCCUUCCAGCGAAUUCAACAUGGAGAACUUGGUGCCGACGGCCCUGAACCUUUUCUUUGGCGGGACGGAGACGGUCAGCUCCACCUUGCGCUAUGGAUUCCUCCUCCUGAUGAAACACCCGGAAGUGGAAGAGAAGGUCCACCAGGAAAUUGACCGGGUCAUUGGGCGCGAACGCCUCCCCAGCAUCGAGGACCGGAAGAGGAUGCCCUUCACGGAUGCGGUCAUCCACGAGAUCCAGCGGGUGACGAACAUCGUGCCCCUCGGGAUGCCCCACAGCGUGGUCCGGGACACACACUUCCGGGGCUUCGUGCUCCCAAAGGGCACCAAUGUCUUCCCUUUGCUGGGCUCCGUUCUGCGGGACCCCAAAUACUUCCGCAACCCUGAUAAGUUUGACCCAGGUCACUUCCUGGACACUGACGGACGCUUCAAGAAGAACGAGGCCUUUGUGCCCUUUGCCUCAGGGAAGCGCGUUUGCCUGGGGGAAGCCAUGGCCCGCAUGGAGCUCUUCCUCUAUUUGGCCACCAUCCUGCAGAACUUCAACCUUAAGGCCUUGGGGCCCCCGGAGGACAUUGACCUGACCCCCCAGGUCAGCGGCUUUGGAAACAUCCCCCCGGACUAUCGGAUGCGCCUGGUGCCCCGCGGCUGAACCUGCGCCCAUCGUGAGGCCGGAGUCACUAUUCUUCCCCAGGAGUGGUGCAUUCCUCUUGUGCAGAGUCCUACCUCACAACUACACAACAUGAAACACACAAUUUUGGAGAUGCUUUAGGUCAACCAAUACUCAGGGUAGAUUCAUAGACUCAGAAGGGA